AUGCAACGUUGGUUACGGGGGGAAGGCCCUGCUGUGAGAGUCCAUGUUGGGUUAGUUGACGGUGAUGCUGCUACUCCAAUUUCCGAGUCUCAAAAUGCAGACUUGCAACCUGUAGCAGACGGUGAGCAACAGACAGAUUCCGUCCCAGUGGAGCCAGUCGAAGAGACGUUGCAACCUGUAGCAGACGGUGAGCAACAGGCAGAUUCCGUCCCAGUUGAGCCAGUCGAAGAGACGCUAGGUGAGCAAGCAGAAACGCCACUAGUGGGCGGACAGAGACUGAUGGCCCAAGCCAUCCGGGGUGAAGACGUGGAAAAGGUGACCUUUAGCAUGCUGAUGCAAAAGCUUGCGGACCUAUUAGGUGUGGAUGUGGAGGAAUUGCAGGGGUGCAAAGAGAGAACCCGUGGCUUUGUGGACAAAGUCGUGCGAAAAGAGGUUUCCCGGCAGAUCUUGGACAAGGUAACCCAGCAGAGCAAACACAAGAAGCAGAAGGAGAAACCCAGUGGUGCGCCGCCGCCACCACUGAACGCCUUGCUGAACUCCUCGGGGCGGCAGUCCAACAAGAAGACGAUCCGAGAAAUUGAGAAGAAGAUGGUCCCCGAAACACCCGAGUUGGCGGGUAUUAUCCACUUGCUGAUGCACAUGCUCAUGAAGAACAAAGAUUGGAGUGGCGUGGUCACCACUGCGGAGUUUCUGCUGGAGAGCGAUGAGAUUCUCAAGCAGCUCACAGAGGCGGAACGCGACGAUCUGAGACUUCGGAAAGCCGUGGCCACUCACACCAUCGAGUUCAAAAAGAGGUUUGGCACCAGGCGCAUCCUGGAUACCGAAGCAAACAUGUCACCCAGCUGUUGGUACCGCGCGGUGUUUGGCCGCCUUGCCGCGACGCCGCGGCCGCCUGCAGCCCAUCAGCGGCCCGCCACCGGAGCGGAAAGCGGUCCAGGUGGCGCGGCCCAGGAUGCCCUGAGGCGUGCUGUCAACCAGAUGUACGAAGGUUUCUCGAACGGAAACCUGGUGGGCGUCGAUGUUUUGGCAGCUGCCCGCGGGGCCCCAGUUGCGAGCGACUUCCCGCUGCUAGGCCUUCUUAUCCCUGGCAACCCUUAUUUCUCGCUGCGACACCAUGCCAUGGAACACCGGGGCUUUAUUGUUGGUGAUUUCAGUCUUGGUGGUGUGGAUCGUGGUACUGACGCGCGAAAAUCUCAUUGCAGGUGCCGCCGGCCAGUGAUCGGUGUAGGGGUGGGUUGGAAUCACAACGCCAUCUCCCUGGAAGGUUGUAGCCAGUUGCAUUUACAUCAAUAUGACGGCAAGGUCACCGGCUUCCCCCCGGAAGCGCCCGCGCCGACUGCGCCGGCGCCGGCAGCUCCACGGGAAGCGCCGGUGAAGGUCUUGGCGUAUGCGCGAUUCCCAAAGACUGGAAGUCGCUACGCCAUCGACAAAUUCCAUCGGGUCGUCGGGAAGGACUUGCGGGUGAUUCCGGAGGCCCAAGCGGUUCAGCUGCAGCCCCUGAAGCGGGCCUUCCUGGUGGGUUCCGUGCGGAAUCCCUGCGAAUCGUAUUUGAGCCUUUGGGCCUUUCAAUCAGAUCCAAGAAGACGAGCUGGAUUGAUGUCAGAUUUGAAGCGACGACGUCCAGAGGACUAUGCACGCCUAGUGGGAAAGGACGAGAGCUCAGACUACACCAGCCCAAAGGACGUCCAACGGUUUCGCACAUGGAUUCGUUUCCUUGCCCACGACGAGAUCAGCCUAGGUCUGAUGAGUGGACGCUUCUACGGGAAGUAUAUCUCGACUUCAGAGGUGAACAUGCGUGACAACGCCAUGUUGGUGAAGGAGUUGUCAUCAUCGCGUGCAACAGAAAUCCUGGAGUCAUUGAAGUCCAUGGAGGUGAAAGACUUAGCAGAUUGCUGGUUGCACACGGAAACCAUGGACGAGGAUUUGGACAGAUGUCUGAAGCAGUACGCUGCUCGUGGGGGAAGGGUUGACCUGCAACUAUUGUCCGCGAGUGGCGUGAAAGGUGCUUCAACUCAUGGCAAUUGCGAGAUCUUCUUCGAUGAGGAGACCGCACAACUUGUGAGGCAACUGGACGCUCCCUUGUUCUCCAAGUUCGGCUAUACCACCUGCUGUGGACAUGCCAUCGAGGAGCCCGCUGAGCGCUCAGGCUUCGGAAGCCCCUGGUCCUGGGCUGAUCCUUUCGACCGAGCGACUGGACGACCACUGACCACACAUAGUGGUUCUACCAUGUGGAGAGCCCGUGUUGGACCCUGUGAUAGCAGUGUCGCAGGCCCGGACGAGGUCGCGCUCAAGACGGUGCAAAUGCUCACGUUGCCCAGCAUCCGUAUGGCGUUGGAUGAAUCGAUCUUGGCGUGUUUGAAAUCUGCUGAUCUUUCGACAGAUCGGAAGGGCGCGCAGUUGAUGAUGUACCAAGGUGUCUUGUCCGGCUUGGUCCUUUCCUGCGCAUUUCUGGCAAGUCGCUUGGACUUUUCUCCGACAGAACCCUUCAGCCAGACAGAUAUUGAUGCCAUCAACGAGCACUGGGAGAUGCCUCGAGAAGGUGUCCAGCUGGACAAGAAGAAGAAACUCUCCAUCUUUUCCCUGACGGGUUUCAAGAACCGGCUGUGGACUCACACGCAAGGCCGGAAUUUGGCACAGCUGGCUGUCUUCAUGGGUCACGCGGACUUAAUCCGCGCCAUUCUGGGAGCGGAAGCGCUGUCAAAGCCCAUGGACGAACAAAAACGCUCCUUGCAGGACUAUUUGAUUGCACCUGGCUGUCCCGUCUACAACUGGCCUAUGGCUGAUCUCGUGGCAUCGGCUGUCUUUGCCACCUCGGGUCCUCGUCGCUAUCGUGUGGAACGCCCGAAACCGACUGGCAUGCUGAGUUGUGAUGGUUUGGAGUACCCUGAGCUCUCUUUAGGAUGGACUCAGGAGACCACCUGGGAGCAUUACGGCGCUUGUGACUUUGAAGUACUUGAUGCUUUGAGUCAGAAGGACUUUGAGGAGAACUACCGAGAUCUGGGUCGACCUGUGUUGCUCAGAAACUUUGCAUCCAUCGAAGAUCGCUGCAACGUGCGGAAGGGCUACGUCAUGCAGGCACACAGCAAGGAUCUCUUUGAGCUGGGACCCAUUGCAUAUCCAAGCCUCAUUGGUGCAGAGCCCUGUGAGAAACGCUUCACCGUCGAAGAAGCUGAACAGGGAGCUCAUUGUGAGAGGCAUGGCAAUACCUCCAACUACUACGCUUCGCACAGUCCAGGUUUGGUGCCCACGGAACUCACCAAAAUGAAGACCUUCGAGAAGGUGAAGGAAAUCCUGCCGCGCAUCAAUCAUAUGUCGAAGCAAUACUUCUGGGGCGGGGACCGCAGUGGUGCGGCCUUGCAUUACCAUGUCGCCGCCUUCAACGUGCUGUUCAUUGGUGAGAAAGAAUGGUACGUGACUCCACCGUAUCUGGCGGCGCGGAGCGGAAUUGCCACGGACCAUCUCUUUCACAGGUCCGGCAUCAAUGAGAAGCACCUCUUCCGCUGCACACAAUACGCUGGGGAUUUGGUGCUUGUUCCUGAUGGCUGGGGACACGCCACGCUGAAUCAUGGUUUCGGGCUCGGCAUCGGAGUGCUCAACGACGAGACGCUCAUCAUGUCUGCCAUUGGCUUAGUCGCUGGGCCUUUUGGGGCUCAGGUUGAGGUCGAAACGGGCCGCCAGACCCGCCAGACCCGGAGGGGCUUCUCUCAGUUGCUCGCGCAGAAGGGCGGAAACACUGAAGCCGAGCCUUUGGCGUCGGAAGAGUCCACGUCCGAGGGCGAGAGUUCAGAAGGUGUGGUGAAGGACAUCGAGAAGGCCGUGGAAGAGACAUCGACCAUGGAUGCUCCGACGGAGGAAGAGAAGGAAGCUUUCCGCCUCUAUGAGCAAAAGUUUGCGGAGGAUCGCGACGGCAGCUAUCGAGGCUACAAUCGGAAAGCUUUCCCUUGUUUCACCCCGAAGACUCGCGGCGAGGUGGCUCAGCCCGACUUCCUGAAGAAAGCGAUGGCAGCCAAGGACGCACCCAAAGUCCGUGCCAAGAAGGAAAGCGAAGUGGACUCAGACGGCGAAGAAGUCCAGCUCUGCUGCCAGUGUGGACUGCCCGUGGGCGAGACCGCCUAUCGCCCUGAGGAGAAGGAUCAUCGCCUGGUCCAUGCUGAAUGCAUGGCACAGAUUGUGCUCCAGGUGUGGAUGGCCAUUUUGAGGGAAAUUCCAUGA